AUGGACGACAGACCACACAAAGCACAUCGGCCUGCGCAGUCAGGAAACAAACACGAAAAGAAGGAGAAAGGAAAGGGAAAGCAGAAACAGCACGGUUUCAAUGAAAAAGCAUUCGCACCCAAGUCGGGGCGCAGAGCGGACAGACAGGGUCGCCGCAACGUCGAGCGGGACCAGACCAGACUCCAUGUACCAUUGGUGAACCGUACACCAGACGACGACCCGCCCCCGGUCAUCAUUGCCAUCGUUGGGCCUUCCGGUGUCGGCAAAACCACACUGCUCAAGAGUCUCGUACGGCGGUACUCCAAACAGACGCUGAACGAGGCAAAGGGGCCUAUCACCAUUGUCAGCGGCAAGAAGCGCAGACUGACGUUUAUCGAAUGCAACAAUGACCUCAACAGUAUGAUUGAUAUUGGCAAGAUUGCCGAUUUGGUGCUGCUCAUGGUCGAUGGUUCUUUCGGGUUUGAAAUGGAAACAUUCGAGUUUCUCAACAUCCUCCAGUCGCACGGUUUCCCCAAAGUCAUAGGCAUCCUCACCCAUCUCGACCUCAUCAAAAAAGCCCAAACGCUCAAAGACACCAAAAAAGCUCUCAAAAAGCGCUUCUGGACCGAGAUCUACCAGGGCGCAAAGCUCUUCUACCUCUCCGGCGUGCUCAACGGGCGCUACCCCGACACCGAGAUCAUGAACCUCUCGCGGUUCAUCUCCGUGAUGAAGUUCCGCCCCCUCGUCUUCCGCAACACCCACCCAUACCUCCUCGCAGACCGCCUCGAGGACCUGACACCGCGCGAGGAAGUGCGCAGCUCCAAAGGCAAAUGCGAUCGCACUGUAACAGUGUACGGAUACGUGCGCGGCACGAAUCUGCGUCUGGGCACCAAAGUGCACAUUCCCGGCGUAGGCGACCUCGAGAUGAGCGGGGUGACGGUGCUGGGUGAUCCAUGCCCGCUGCCAACGGCCGAGUCGGAGAAGAAGCGCAAGCUGAGCGAGAAGAAGAAGCUGCUGAUACACGCGCCGAUGAGCGAUGUGGGCGGGGUGAUGUACGACAAGGAUGCGGUGUGGGUGAAUGUUCCGGGGAGCUUUACCAGAGGGAAUACGGACGUGCCUCAAGGCGAAGGAGAGCAAAUGGUCAUGGACCUCCAAGACGUCAACCAGACUCUCGAAGACCGCGUCGCGCAGAGCAGCAUCCGACUCUUUGGCACAUCCUCACAGGCCCUCAGGGUCGACCCAACAUCCUCAGCCUCUGACGACGAAGAUGAAGACGACUUUGACGUUUCCGGGUCGGAAGAGGAAGACGAGUCCGGCAUCGACUCGGAAGAUGACGACGAAGAAGAGGGUGAAGACGAAGACGAAGAAAUUCCCCGCAAUGCGCAAAACACUGGCCGCCAGGGCCGUCGCACUGUCACACGCAGCUUACCCUCGUCCGUCAAAGAGCGAACAGACAUCCAGUACGCAGAAUCCGAUUCGGACCUCGGCGAGGACGAAGACCAGUUCACGUCGCGGCGCGUGCGGAUGGACGAUGAGGAAGGGGACCACGACAUACCUAGCGAUGAGGACGACGAGGAUGAGGAGGCGGAAGAAGAUGACGACGAGGAAUCGAUUCCGAAAUGGAAAUCCAACCUCUCCUCGCGCGCGCAACAGCUCGCCGAAAACUCCAGAAAACCGAAACGGAAAGACUGGACGAAGCUCAUCUACACGUCUACGCUCACACCCGACGAGAUCCUGCACGGGCAGAAACAAACAGAGGUCGAUGAAGACGAGGAUGAUUUUUUCCAGGUGAAAAAGAAGGCUGCGGACGAGGAAGAUGCGGAGGCGCUGGAUAAGAGCAAAGAGCCAGUGGAUGUCGAGGCACUUAAGAAGUGGGAGGACGAGGAGAUGUUGGAUUCAAUACGACGGUUGUUCAUUACUGGCGGGGACACCGUGGGCGAAGAUGAUGAGGGAACGUUCCAAGACGAGGAGGGGGGCUUCGGUGCCGAAGACGAAGACGGGGAAGGCGGCGGCGGCGAAGAUGAGGAAGGUGAUGAAGCAGGCCCCUCACACUCCAAACCCAAAGAUGGGAAGCUCUCUCGCGCCGAAGCACUCGCACGCAAAAAAGAGAUCCUGAAGCGCAAAUUCGACGAACAAUACGACGACCCCGAAAGCGCCAAAACCGACUUCUACACCGAGAAAAAGGACGAAAUGGCGCAGCAGCUCGCGUUGAACCGCGCCGAGUUUGAGGGUGUCGACGCUGAAGCUCGCGCGCUCGUUGAGGGUUUCCGCCCGGGCCAAUACGUGCGCGUCGAGCUGCGCAAUGUGCCGUGCGAGAUGAUAAACAACUUCGACCCCACGUUCCCCAUCGUCGUCGGCGGCCUGCUUCCCGCGGAGGAGAGAUUCGGGAUCGUGCAGGUGCGCAUCAAGCGGCACAGAUGGUUCACACGCACGCUCAAGACGAACGACCCGCUCAUCUUCAGUUUGGGGUGGAGAAGGUUCCAAAGUAUCCCAAUUUACUCCCUGGACGACCAUUCGAUUCGUAUGCGCAUGCUCAAGUACACACCGGAGCAUAUGCAUUGUUACGCGACCUUCUAUGGACCCGUGACGCUCCCAAACACUGGUUUUUGCGCGUUCAAUUCGCUCGGCGCUGAUACACCAGGCUUCAGGGUGUCUGCAACGGGCGUGGUGCUGGACAUCGACCGCUCGGCAAAGAUUGUGAAAAAGAUCAAGCUGACGGGCACGGCGUACAAGAUCUUCAGGAACACUGCAUUCAUAAAGGAUAUGUUCACGACGGCUCUGGAGGUAGCCAAGUUUGAGGGCGCGAAUAUCAGGACGGUGUCUGGAAUCAGAGGGCAGAUUAAAAAGGCUCUACCGAAGCCCGAUGGUGCAUUCCGUGCGACGUUUGAAGAUAAGAUUCUCAAGAGCGACAUCAUCUUCCUGCGCGCAUGGUACUCCAUUCAACCCCGUAAAUUCUACAAUCCCGUUACCUCCCUCCUACUAUCCGAAAAGUCCUCCUGGACAGGUAUGCGCCUGACUGGACAAAUCCGCCGAGAUGAGGGUCUCAAAACUCCUCUCAACGUCAACUCGACGUACAAAAAGGUCGAGCGCGCGCCGCGUCGCUUCAACCCGCUCAUUGUACCGAAGAAGCUGCAGGCGGCAUUGCCUUAUGCAUCCAAGCCCAAGCUGAUGAAGCCACAGAAACAUAUGACGUACCUCCAAAAACGCGCGGUGGUGAUGGAGCCUGAGGAGAAGAAGGCGCUGGCGCUGAUGCAGCAGAUCCGCGCGCUGCGCAAGGACCAGGUUGCGCGUCGGCAUGAGAAGAAAGAGGAGAAGAAAGCCGAGAGGGCGAAGAAGUUGGAGAAGGAGGAGGCCAAGAAAGCGGAGAAGGAGAAAGAAAAGAAGAAGGAUGUGAUGCGUAUUGCAGGCCAGCGGAGUAAGCGCGAGGCAGAGAUGCAGGAGGGCGGCGGACGGGGCAAGAGACGGAAGACGUGA